AUGUCCCAUUUUACGGAGUGGUAUUACCAAGAUUGGGAGCAGCAGCUAUUGCACCUGGAUCAGCCGCACACUUCAAACCCUGCCCUAAACGCUGACCUUAGCUAUAAUGGCUUUCUCAUGAACAAUGAUACCAACUGGGCAUCUGGCGGGUUCGUUAAUGGAGCAUCUAUGGAAGACACGUUGGAGGUCCCUCAUCCUGACAUUUUCAGCGGAGCUCAUAACAUGACUACGAGAAGUCGCUCGACCGCUAUGAUGCCGAUGGCUGGUAUGCCCCAGCAUGCUGGAAACAGGAUUGCGCGUGUUGGUAAUGCAGAUGCUGAAGACUUCGCGAUCAGCUCAGGUGCUUCGGCGUCUGGCCCGGAACUCGGCUCCAGCCCUCCCUAUAUGCCUCUUGGCAUUGUGACGGGCGGUGCAAGUUACGACGACAGUUCCAACAAUAGCCCCACGAGCAGAACAUAUAUUGACUUGCCAUCAUACGGUAAUGCCAAUUUCCCACGCAAUUUGUCUGCUCCUGCCCUGGGCAACACUGUGGGCGGUGGUGAGCUUGGGGGUGGUGCACGCCCUUCUUCACUGCCCACCUCUGCACAUCUGAACAGCAGCCAUGAAUCAGAAACAGCGUUCACCGAUGUAAAUGUACCAUUAAUUGUUCGGGACUAUCAAAAGCUCAUGGAUCCUCUGAACAACAAUGUCGACGUCGAUACAUAUUAUGCGUCUCUUGAGGAGGCCAAUGAAUCUCAACGCCCCAGCGUCCGACUUCCAGAAGAUCCUACUAUUCCUCGUACUCAGGUACAGAAGCGGGCAAUUGUCAAACAAAUGUGUAAUGCUAUGGCAAGCACCCAUCGUGCGCAAGACAACAAACCUAUGAUCAAACCUUUCAAAGAAGGUAGAUACAGCGAUCGACGAAUGGAAGCUGCGUGCUGGCAGGUCUUGGAAACUGCCAUCGAACGACACACUUUUGGUCCAUUGUUGAGUGCCUUUGACGUCAAGCCGAAAAACCAUGAGGUAGUGACAUUUGCCACUAGAAUUGACAAGAUAAUUGAAUGUCUCAUGCUUCACAAGACGAUUUGCAAGCAUCUCCUCGACCCGCUUUACGUCUACCACUUUGUUGACGAUCCUGUUCAGGCGGAGAAACGUGUGGUUGCAAACAGGCUGUUGAACAAGCGCAAAGGAGAAGUGAUGAAUGCAGGAAAGCAAGUCCUCGGUUCCAGAAAGCCUGGUGCCAAAAAGAGGUCUAGCAAAGCUUCUGAAGCUGUUACCCCACCCACAGAUGAAGCUCCUUCGGAUACUCCCGCAAGCUCGAGCACUGGUGUUGAAGGGACACUCACCCCUGACGGGCUCACUCGAGUGGUGAAAGCCGAGCAAAUGAGCUCCUCUCCCAUGCUUAGCAUUGGUACGCCGACUCCAACAUAUACUGCAGCUGCCCAGCAGUAUUCUUCUACCCCUAUGAUGGGAAGCGUUGCUAUGUCACACCUCCAUAAUCGCCGGAUGACUGCGCCCACCUCCCACCCGAGACCCAUAAUGAUGAACCCAAAUAUGCCUUACCACACUCGUGGCGGCUCUAACAAUCUUGUUACCAACCGCAAGCGUCCCAUGGGCGACUAUGAGGCCUCUUCUCCCGAGAAGCGCCAACGCUAG